AUGAGUCAUGCACAUUCUCAUACCGGUUCCGGUAGUAGAACUACUCGACGAGCUUUCGAGUUCGGGAAGACACAUGUCGUGAGGCCUAAGGGAAAACACCAAGCUACUAUAGUUUGGUUGCAUGGACUUGGUGAUAAUGGUUUGAGUUCAUCUCAAUUGUUGGAAUCACUUCCACUUGCAAAUAUAAAAUGGAUUUGUCCUACUGCUCCUACCCGUCCUGUGGCGAUACUCGGCGGUUUUCCCUGCACUGCAUGGUUUGAUGUGGGAGAGCUUUCAGAAGAUGGUCCAGAUGAUUGGGAAGGUUUAGAUGCUUCAGCAGCCCAUAUUGCUAACUUGCUGUCAACAGAGCCAGCUGAUGUGAAAGUUGGUAUUGGAGGGUUCAGUAUGGGUGCAGCAAUAGCAUUAUACUCUUCAACUUGUUAUGCCAUGGGAAGGUAUGGAAAUGGAAUGCCAUAUCCUGUCUGUUUAAGAGCAGUUGUUGGACUCAGUGGUUGGCUUCCAGGAUCAAGGAGCUUAGGGAACAAGAUAGAAGUGUCACACGAAUCACGAAGGCGAGCUGCUUCGUUACCGAUUUUACUAUGCCAUGGAAUCAGUGAUGAUGUAGUACACUGCAAGUAUGGAGAGAAAUCUGCACAAUCCUUAAGCUCAGCCGGGUUUCGAUAUAUAGCAUUCAAAUCCUAUGAAGGGCUUGGUCAUUACACAGUUCCAAGGGAGAUGGAUGAGGUUUCCAACUGGCUUAGUUCAAGGUUGGGGCUUGAAGGAUUCUCAUCUUAA